AUGCCUGGCGAAGUUAUUGACCGACCAAAUCCGCAACCCCUGCCAUCUCAUCUGCCAGAUGAUUUGGAGAGAUUGGCAGUGGUGCUUCCUCAUGAGACCUUGAACCAGUCAGCCUGUGAUGGUCUGUUCAAGUUCCGGAGGGCGGCUUCCUACAUUGCCGCAGGCAAGACCACCUUUCCGGGGGAUCUUGCGCUCAACUAA